CUUGCACUGUGGUCAAGCCUCAAGACUUGUAUUCAUAUCAUUUUUUAAUGAAAAUCAGAUCAAUGGUUGGCUUGAUAUGCCCUGAAUCUUAUAGUGUAAAUAUUCUUUUGCUUUUUCACUUAGAAAUGUCACUAUGUUUAUUUAUAAUGAGCAGUUAGUAUCUGAAAUAGAACAAGGAUGUGAGCUGCAGGACUGAAGCCAUGGAUCAAGAACAUUGUCCCAGUCAGUCGAGUUCAGUGCCUCAGAGGCGGAAUGAGGUCAUACAUGGAAGACAUAUCAGUCACAAAGACAAAGAUGCCCUUUGUCAAGCCAACAUCAGUGCAGGUGAUGUCACAGUUGAAGAGUACGCUCCAAGCACGUCUGAGUCCGAAGGCUCUUCUGGCGGUCGCAGAGCAAGUGCUGGUGAUGCUCUGAACAUCCCUUACAUGAAGCACUUCCAUUACCUCAAGCAGAAGUUUCCUGAUCUCAAAGACUGUGAUAUAAAUGAGAGUAUUCAAAAGUUUGGGUUGGACCGUGCCCGCUGUGAGGAAGAGCUGCUGCUACGAGCACAAAGUUAUUUGAGUGGGUACUAUGGUCCCUGGGGGCGCACAGCCUGCAUGUCCAGCCGAUCAUCACCCACUGCCACUCAUGGUGCUUCUCACACUAUACCCAACACUCCAAACCUGUCUCCAUAUGCAUCAUUCUCAUCUCAAGCUCCACCUCCUGCUUCAUCAAUGGCAUCAUCAAGAAGCAUGCCUAAAUUGUCCUCACUAAAUGCCCCUAGUAAUUUUACUGGUGACAUAGGUAGUGUCAUUCCUCCAUCUCGGUCACCUCGCACUCCUGUGGCUGCUCCAAGCCUCGUAUCCUCUUCCACUUUCUCUCCUACUCUCACUCCAUGUUUUGCCACUACAGCAGGCCCUGCACAAUUCACUCCUUCAUCACCAACAAUGAGCAGAAAAAAUGAUUAUGAAAAUCAUACUCUAUGUUCUAGUUCCACAUUACUUAAUGGAGCUUGUAUGUCUCAAGUUUCUUCUUCACAGGGUGGAUCUUUUCAUACCACAACCACAAAGCAUUUUGUGGUACCUGCGCAUCUAAAUCCAAAUGAUCCUUUCUUUAGGCAGUAUUCUACAUCAUCUGAGACCAUUACUGAAGAGUCUUCCUUGAUGGGCUCAAAUUUUCCUUCCCCAGCUCCGACUUUAACGCUGUCAUCUCCUCAAUCUCCUCUGGUUUCACCUCCUCGUAAUCACCAUGUAGAAAUGCCUCACCUUAGGCAACGCAUUGAGGAUCUUUUCAUUCCACAAACUGGCCAAAACCAGCUAAAUUUUCCUAACUCUAAUCCCUUUCAGCUGAAUUGGGAGCAGAAAAACAAUCAAAAUUUCAAUAUUAAAGCUGUCUCAAAUCAACAUUGUUCUACCCAAGGGCCCAAUGUUCAGUUAUAUCCAUUUUCUAUGCAGAAUAUAAAUAACUGUCCUCAAGGAUUACCUGCUCAAUUUGGGAACGUGAAUGUCAGUCCCAGUAGAGACUUCAAUCGUGUUAUUUCAAGCACUGGCCAAGGAGCCGAAUUUUCUAGUCCUGGUGAUAAGCCUGAAGCGCCUAUACAACCUUUUGAUACUUCAGACUUGAGAAGACAUGGGCCAAGUCUUCAUGGCCGCUUUGAGCCCGUGAGAAUUGCGCCUCCACCUCCCGUAAUUACGAAUGUAACUCCAGCUCGACAAAAUGCCAGACCCGGCCGACUACAGCUCAAUAGUGUCUCUCCACCGUCGUCUUCUGUGCCUCCACUACCUCAGACUUCAUCCCCUGCUGGUGCUGCAUUGCCUUGCGAUCCUUCACCUGGCAAAAUCAACAACAGAAAAGGCUUGCUUGCUGACCAGAGAGCGCGGCAGCAGAAGAUGUUGUCUGUACUGCAGGAGGGCACGAAGAACAGGUCUGAUCUACAGCAGGAGAUCUCGCUGCUCACGCAGGCGCUCGAAGAGUGCAAACAGAGAGGCGAUCUGGAAGUUAAUGAGAGCUCCAGACUCAUCCUGGACAUACAAGAGGAGAACCGCCGCCUUCAGUCCGAGUGCGACCAGCUCGAAGGAGAGAUACUGCAGACUGGCGAAGCCCCGGAUUUACUGGAGACCGUAUACGUGCCGCCCUCGUCCAGAGAAGGGACCGGCAGCUCCGUGAGUUCUCCGUCGUCUCCGCUGCCUGCUCGGCCACACAACUUCAAUAGGGGGCUGUCAGUGGGGAGAGGCGUCGAAGGCUCCCCCAGGCUAACCCCCACAAGGGUGGCCCCUCCACCCCCCGUCAGCAGCACCUAUCAAGCCCCCACCUCCGCCCUUCAUCCGCCUUCAUCGGGACAUUACGAAUUGGCAAGCGAGGCGUCAACCGCAGAAGGCAGAGCUGGGGCAGGAGCUGUGCGCUGGUCCUGCGGCCGCUGCACCUACGACAACCACCCCGACAUGACCUCGUGCGAGAUCUGCGGCGCCAUCAGGAUGCCACCUUCUCCUCAGACGCCCAUCGGAGGCUACCAUCGUCCUACUUUAGGCCCAACCAUGCAGGACAUACACAUUCAAGUGCGACAUCGUCACGACUAUGCGAUGCCUGCGUCAGCGCUGUCAGAAUUAUCGAGCCGAGCCGACCCCCUGUGACGCCUUCUUAUGGACUGUCUUUGCUGCACGGCAACUAACGCCUCACCCGCGUCUGCCAUCUCUCACCCAUCACACUUCACGCCAAAACUAUGUAAUCCAAUUAAGGAUUACUAGAACUUCGCCUCAUAAAGCAAAUCUUUUCUCACCGUCUAUGGCACGUUGACUGCUACUCUUAUUUUUCCUACUCUUUUGACCGAAAUUCUUUGUCGAAUUCAUUGAUCACACCUGCGCUGGUCAUAAGCAGCAGCAACAGAACGAAAUAAGUUUUUCCAAGUUGAAAAAUUUUCUUAUUUAUCGACCUGCUUGAUGGCUUGCAGGCAGGUAAACUGAAGACAGCUCAGAAUUACGUUGAAGUUUCCCGUUUUGUUUAUUUUUACGUUGCUAUUCUCCUCGCGCUGUGCCAAGUUCUCCAGCUUCCACGAGUUCAGGCAUAUAACUUAUUUGACAGUCUACCAGUUUUUAUAUUGAACAACUCUCCAUGUAUGCGUGCGGACUAACCUCGUCAUUUGUUGCUGAUAGAAAACUGUAUUUUAAAUAAUGAAGAAAUGUGAAGUAAGCUUUACAUUGAUUGUUGGUAAAGAUAAUGCAAUGCAUAAUUGAAUGAACAAGUCAAACGCGGGUUUUCUUAAAACGUACUAUUCACGUUUGUAAUAAUUUAUUUAUCAAUGAUUAUAGUAUUAGGCAAUAAGCUUGUCACAAUGUGCAGCAACGUGGCCUCGGUAUUGGUGCGAGGAAGCAUGUGAUUUUCAUUUGUACAUUUUUCAUGAUUUCAUAUCGUUUACUUGGAUAAAGUUUUUUAGAUGUGGUGGAAUAAAUUGAUUUGAUUCCGUCUUGCGAUGCUAUGUGAUUUUUAAUCAUACAGAAACUGAUGACGUUACAUAGUUACUCUGCGUCUUCUUAUGAUGCGUGUCGCAUUUAAAUGUACUCGACGAGUGUGUCACAACAAAGCACAUAUUUCGCGUUGUAUUUUUACGGCAAACAUAAUAAGCAUUUGUUGCUUUACCGGCUCGUCAUUAACAUAUUAUGUUAUGAACUUGAAAGUUCAUUCUAAUAGUUCCUCUAUUCUUUUUAUCAGACGCAUGUUUUUCACUAAUUUCUCGAGAGGUUUCAGCAGAUGCCGCGGUGCUCCGAAAGAUUUCGAUUUUUUCAUGUAAGAAAAUCAUAUCAAUCGAUAACAAUGUCUCUUCGAGUCAUUUUACUUUAAUUUUAUUAUAACUUUCCUCAUCGCCAUCACCAUAUAACUGAGUUCGUCAACUCACCAAGGCAGCUAUCGAUUCAUUUUAUACAUAUGUUAUGUAUUGAUUUUGUUUAUUAAUGUAGUUGCCUGACGCGACCUACAAGGCUUUCAGGAACGCUUCGUGUGUUCAGCAUUCCAAUCAGAGGCUAGGCAGACGCGCAGUAGCUGCGCGGUCAGUCUUGUGCUUGAACAAAUUCGAAUGAUUCAUUAUGUAACUAAACGAUCAUUCAAUGUCACAUACGUUGAAAAUGCCUAAUUAGAAAUUGUUAUUAGAGAAAUAUAAUAAAUGGUUUACUACAUC